CCGUCACAUGUUCUGUGGGGACGGUCAGCCCCCACUGUCACCAGACCCUGCGGUUUCCCUUUAUGCUGAGAGGGACGCCCCCCCCCCCCAGUCCUCGGGGUUCCCUCCCGGAUCAGCUUGGUCACUCGAGUUGGCACCGCAUGCGGGGGCGGGGCGGCCAGAGUACAGGACUAUAAAGGUGGCGGCGGCAGAAGGCUCAGCUCACAGCCACACCGAAGACACAACCGACAUGGCCCUGCCCGCGCCCGAGGCCCAGCCUCCAGUCGGCUCGCAGCUUAGGUUCCUGCUGUUCCUGCUGCUGCUCCUGCUACUGCUGUCAUGGCCAUCGCCCGGGGACGCCCUGGCACUGCCCGAACAGCGACGUUCCCACCCGGAGUCCCGACUCGACGCUCACGAGCUACGAGGUCGCUUCCAGGACCUGUUGAGCCGGCUACAUGUCAACCAGAGCCGCGAGGACUCGAACUCAGAACCCAACCCCGACACGACUGUCCGGAUAUUCACUCCAGAAGUACGACUGGGGCCGCGCGGCCACCUGCUGCUCCGCGUCCGCUGGGCGUCGCUGACCCAGGGUCUCCACGAAGCUUACCGCGUGCACCGAGCACUUCUCAUGCUGUCGCCGUCGUCGCGGGCUUGGGACGUCACCGCACCCCUGCAGCGCGCGCUCAGCCUCGGGGGACCCCACAGCCGCGCACUGCGCCUGCGCCUGGCGCUGCCCCCGGACCUGGCCGUGACGCCCUCUAGCGGCGCGCGUCUGGAACUGCACCUGCGGUCAGCCGCCGGCAGGGGGCGCCGCAGCGCACACGCGUUCCCUAGAGACUCCUGCCCGCUGGGUCCCGGGCGCUGCUGUCAUCUGCAGACUGUACAUGCGACCCUCGAGGACCUGGGCUGGAGCGACUGGGUGCUGUCUCCGCGCCAGCUGCAACUGAGCAUGUGCGUGGGAGAGUGUCCGCACCUCUACCGCUCAGCCAGCACGCAUGCACAGAUUAAAGCGCGCCUGCAUGGCCUGCAGCCCGACCGGGUGCCUGCCCCCUGCUGCGUCCCCUCCAGCUACACCCCGGUGGUCCUCAUGCACCGGACGGACAGCGGCGUGUCACUGCAGACCUACGACGACCUGGUGGCCCGGGGCUGCCACUGCGCAUGAGCGCCGAGUGUGCCCCUCACCUGCACUCCCUACCCCUCCUGCUAUUUAUAUUUGUAUUUAUUAAUAUUAUUAAUUUAUUGGGGUCAGACUGGGUGGGUGAAUGGAUUGUUUAUUUAUUUAAAACUCUUAAUA